AUGGCUUCCGCCUUCACCUGCAGUACCUGUGCUUCCGCCUUUGACGGUGCUCACAAUGAGCAGCGCGUUCACGUGCGAGACCCAUGGCACCAAUACAACCUCCAACGUCGGAUGGCCUCACUGCCGCCAAUAACGCUGCAGCAAUAUGAAGUGAUAGUCCAGCCUGCGCAAGCGUCAUCUGCACACAAAAAGAAGAGCACCAACAGGAAAUCCCCCAAGGAUCACGGCAAACAGAAGCAAGCUGCGAGAGAUGAGCAAUCUCCAUCUCCAUCUCCAUCCGUGUCCGACGACUCAGGCACAAAAGUCGAGGACCAUGAUGCCUACAACCUCUCUCCCCCCUCUUCCGACCUCGACGAAGAGUCCGACGAAGAAGACGAAGAAGAAGAAGAACCCGUAGCCCUCACCCCAACAACCUGCCUCUUCUGCAACGCCACCUCCCCCACCCUCGACGCCAACCUCUCCCACAUGUCCACCACGCACAGCCUCUUCAUCCCCGAGCCCGACUCCCUCAUCGACCUCGAAACCUUCCUCCUCUACCUCGCCGCCAUCGUCUUCCGCUACCACGAGUGCCUCUACUGCGGCGCCGCCAAGUCCUCCGCCGCCGCCGCCCAGACGCACAUGCGCGACAAGGGCCACUGCAUGAUCAACCUCGCCUCAGCCGAUUCCGAACUGCUCGAUUUCUGGGAGUUCGACGAGGACGAGGAAGGCGAGGGAGCGGGCGGUGGUGGUGCGGCGGCCGCCGCCUCCGUUCUCAGCAGCGUGAAUGUCUCCGACACUGAGAUGCGUCUGCCGUCCGGCGCUAUCGUCGGCUCGCGCCACCACGCUGAGAGUGUGCACAACAGGCACGGCCUCGUGGGCGCGCGCGUGCAGGCGGCCAAGCGCCGCAAGGCCAUCGCCGACAGUGAGCACGACGCGGCGGCGGAUGCGGACGGAGGGGAGGCGGAUGCCCGGCCGCAACCGCCGAGCAUGGAUCGCCGUGUUGCGGUGCGGGGGGAGAUGGGCUUGGUGGGCGUGCCGGAGCAGCAGAGGAGGGCGCUGAUGGCCGUCGAGAAGAAGAUGAUGAAGCGCGAGGCCGUGGCGCGGGCGGCGCAGCGGUGGGCGACGGAGAAGGUGGCGAAUCGGCAGAAGUUCUUCAAGGUGAGUCUUUGCUCCUUCCGCUGA